UCAAAUCCUGCAGCACUUGCACCGGAUUCGGUCUGCGGUAUCAUAGCAACAACACCGGAGAAGCGGCGUAACAUCAGCCGCAGUAACGGCGGAUCCCGAACCGAACCGAACCGGAGCGGAGCGCGCGGAACAGAACUCUGGAACGGGAAACCGGCGCGCGAUUAAACGCUUGAGAGGAGCGCGGAAAGAUUCCUGAUUGGAAAUAACGAACUUAACGCGCAAAAUGCGGUCUUGCGAAGAGAGAAAGUUUGCGUCGCGUUGCCCGAAUACGAAUCUAUUAGUCGUAUUUCACGGAUGAUUAAUUGAACGCCAUCAUGAUCGCCACAGGGGGUCUGCUGCGGAUAUCUGCCAGGAGACAGGACUCCCUUCGCGCGAAGAACCGCGCCGAAAACAAGCGCAAGAGGAAAGCGAAGAAAAAGAGGAAGAACGAAGUGGUCGUGGUGAAAGGAAAGCUAAAAUUGUGCUCCGUAUCUGGACUGAUCGCUGCCAUUGGGAUUCUGGUGCUGCUGGUUGGAGUGGCCAUGGCCGUAUUGGGCUACUGGCCCAAAGAGAGUCCGCUUUACCCAGGACUGAUGAUGAAAACGCAGAGGACUUACGACAGCCGAGAAUUAGCCAAUGUGACCGUCAGACCGCCUUGGGAUCUCCUAGAUAAAGACUUCAGGAGCUAUAAUGACUCCAGUGGGACUGCUGAGCUGGAUCCGCCUAAACUGGGAGCAUUUUCUGCAUUUAUCAACAGAUACUUAUAUUCAGACAAGCUGAAAGUGUUCGGACCUUUAAUCAUGGGGAUUGGAAUCUUCUUAUUCAUUUGUGCCAAUGCGGUACUUCACGAAAACAGAGACAAAAAGACCAAAAUCAUUAACCUCAGAGACAUCUACUCAACGGUGAUUGACAUUCAUAGUUUGCGGAGCAAGGAAUCCGCGCCACUUAACGGUUUUGUGAACUACUGCCAAUCGAAAGACACCAAAUCGUACGGUUCCCCUCAUAAGGGAUCGUCUCAAGGUAGCAUGAUCCCAUCCCGACGACCGUCUACCACCAUCCCUCGAGUCUCGUCUUUGGAAAGACAGAGCUUUACGGACACCGUCUACAGCAUCUAUCAAGAUCAGAACCGAUUUAGCAAGCAGUGGGAAACCAGGAGCAUCGUGUCCACUUCGGUCAACGCUUUCACUUUGCCAAUGAUGAAGCUCAACCAUAGAGGAGCUUCGGAAAGAAGGGGUUCGGAUAAAACCGGAGAGGCCAAACGAGAGUUCCUGGACGCCGAGGCCAUUUGCAGGCGUUUGGAGGAUUUGGAAGCGUCUCGGAGCGUCACGAAGGCCAAAGUGGAACCUCAUCCUGAGCUUGCGCCGGAUUCGGUGGAGGUUUACCGGAGCAGUGGGAGUUUGCAAGGAGCUCCUCGUGUUUCUCUGCAGGGUUCCCAGGUUCAGCUUUUGCCGUCUGGUUCUCCGAGUCGCAAGGCCACCGGAUCUCACCUGUCCUUGAGCGCUCUGUCUGACUACUCCAGGUCUGUGGAUCUGGAUAUCUGUCUAUCCACCCCUACUUUGGUGCGAUCGAGACGUCUCAGCUGUCCUCGGCUGGAAGGCCUCAGCAGCGGAGGCUACACCAAACUUGAAGGCCUUGGCGGAGAAUCCUUUGAGUCCACAGACAAUGCCACCACGUUCAGUCGAGAGAGCUCUGUUGAGGUUUUUGAAAAGGAAACGGAGCUUUGUGAUCAGACACAUCAGCAGGAGUGUACCUCGAUCAGACAGUAUUCAAAGAAACAAAAACUCAUAAUGGUUUCCCAAUCAGAUACCACUUUAGAGGAUGUGGAAAUGGAGAGUGUGGAAGUUUAACUGGCUGAUGGUCUUUAGAAAGCAAUCGAGACUAGGGAUGCACGAUAUUACAUUUUUGGCAAUAUCCGAUAUUUUCGAAUCAUUUUGGCCGAUACCGAUAUAUAUUUCCCUUUGUUUUGAAACAACACCAAGUCUUUCCUGUGUGGAAAUUAUGAACAAAUUAUUUUUAAUUUUGGUUAGUUUUGAGCAAAAACUUAUUUUGUUAGAAGUAAUAAACUUUAUUAAAGUUCAGUGAGAGUACAUUGAAAGCCUUGUAAUGAAAUCAAUCUCGGCUUGGGGGGGUUUUCUCUUUUUUUUCUCAGACAGAUGCAGUUGAAACAUUAAGAUUUUAUUUGUGGAUUUAACAUUAAUCGAUGGUCUAAAGCAAAAGAGCUGUAAAAAUUAUUUUAAAAAAUCUCCUUGUAUUUAAGUUUUCACAAUCCAUUUGAAAAACAUAAUUACAUAUUAAUGAGUAAAUCUGUAUAUAUUAAAUAAUUUAAUUUAUAAAUGUCAUGUUUGUGAUUUUUAUUCAUCUAAGCUAUAGCUUCUGACCUUAAAAUCAAAACAGACUCGUGAUUUUAUGACAUCAAAAUUGCUUUAUUUAUUCAAAAACACAAGUAUCUUAAUGAUAUUUGUGUAUUUUACCUUCACCUUAUUACAAGUACACUACCAGUCAAAAGUUUUUGAACAGUAAGAUUCAAGCCUGAAUUUAUUUGAUACAAAAUACAGCAGAAGCAGUAAUAUUGUGAAAUCAUUUUACUCUUUAAAAUAACUGUUUUCUAUGUGAAUGUGUUAAACUGUAAUUAAUUUCUGUGAUGCGCAGCUGUAUUUUCAGCAUCAUUACUGCAGUCUUCAGUGUCACAUGAUCUUCAGAAAUCAUUCUAAUAUGCUGAUUUGCUGCUCAACAAACAUUUUUAUUAUUAUUAUCAAUAUUUAAAAUAGUUGAGUACAUUUUUUCAGGAUUCUUUGAAUAGAACGAUCCAAAGAUUAGCAUUUAUCUGAAAUAAAAAGCUUUUGUAACAUUAUACACUAUAUCAUUCAUAAGCUUGGAGUCUGUAUAAUUUAAAAAAAAUUAAUUAUAGAAAUUAAUACUUUUAUUUAGCAACGAUGCAUUAAAUUGAUCAAAAGUGAUGAUAAAGACAUUUAUAAUGUUACAAAAGAUUUCUAUUUCAGAUAAAUGCUGUUCUUCUGAACUUUCUGUUCAUCAAAGAAACCUGAAAAAAACAAUUCUACUCAGCUCUUUUCAACAUAAUUAUAGUAAUAAAGGUUUUUUGAGCAGAAAAUCAGAAUAUUAGAAUGAUUUCUGAAGGAUCAUGUGACUGGAGUAAUGAAGCUAAAAAUUCAGCUUUGAAAUCACAGAAAUAAAUUACAUUUUAAAAUAUAUUCAAAUAGAAAACAGUUAUUUUAAAUAGUAAAAAUAUUUCACAAUAUUCCUGCUUUUACUGUACUUUGGAUCAAAUAAAUGCAGGCUUGGUGAUCAAAAGAGACUUAUUUAAAAACAUUAAAAAAAUUUACUGUUCAAACUAAUUUGACUGUUUUUUUUUUUUUAUCGGCCGUUGUUUACUUUUUCAGCCUUUAUCGGCCGAUUCCGAUAAUAUCGUGCAUCCCUAAUCGAGACUGAAACAUUGUCAGUGUGUUGGAUCCAAAGGUUCUCAGUCUUUAAUACUGUUUCCUCAAGGAAUUACAAGCAAAAACCUGAUGGGAACCAAGAGACUUUCAGCAUGAUAGCACAGCUAUGCUCCACUAGAUUAAAAAACAACUUUAUACUUCCAGUAGUAGAUUAUUUGUGGCUGUUUUCGUUUAUCGGUGAAGUUUGGCUGUCUGAGCAGCAUGUUUUAUACUGUCGUCUACUUGCACUUUUUUAACCACCAAAUUAUCGGUUAUUUUUAGAAAUUGACUUGAUAGCAAUAUCUCAUUUGAAAUGUUCCCUGCUUGUGUGGGAAAUGUUUAUGUUUGCAUUUUGCCUCAGAGAUGUUAGACUUGCACUUACACUUGUAUGCUGUCAGUUUUUACUUACUUUAUAGUUUGUUUGUUUGUUUGUUUGUUUGACUUAAAUGAACUCAAACGAACCAUGAGUCGAUCCUGACGUUAGCUAGCACAGUGGUUCACGUGGUUCAGUACUGUCUGAAAUGUAAUGUCCAUUACAAUAUAUUCAAAAUAUCAUGAGACGUUGAAGUGUAGUUUCUCAGAUGAGUUUUGGGGUUGAUUAAUUAAAGAUUUAUCAACAGUUUCUCUUUAAAGCAGAGAGAAAGACUAAUGCUGCAAAUGUUCUUACUUAAAUAUCUCCGUCCAUAAAGCUGUAUUUCCCAAUUUAUCUCUGAAUUGGGCAAUAAAGUCAGAAUUGCAAGAUAUAAACUCACAAUUGUGAGAUAAAAAGUCAAUUACUUUUUAUAUAUUUUUUAUCCCGCUUCCAUACUAACUAGUGAAUUUUGGCAUCACAACAUUUAUAACAGUUUGAAAGAUGGAUGAAUAUUCCUUUUGAAAUCUGCUUUAGGUGAAAAUGUAGAGUUUAAUGGAUGGUUUUUAAUAACUAAUUAGGUAGCAGAGUGUUGGUAUAUUCUGAAUCCCGUCAGGUGAACAUGCACUAAAACUAAGUAAAACACUAUGACUGUUUAUAGUUAUGAAAUAUGUUUGUGUGAUGUUAGAAACCCAGAGUUUGUGCAGGUUUUGAAUGGAAGUCUGACUUCUAUUGAAUGAAAAUCCCAUCUUUCUGAGUUGAAUGGAACGCAGUAUGAUCGUUUAAUGAACAGACGCUCAUGUUGGAGUUUGUCUUUGUCACAGUGUUGAAAUGAAACGGUAAACUCUUCUAAUGCUUCCCUCAUCGGUUCAUCUCCAUUUGCCUUUACUAGAACCAUCAGAUUCUGCUGAUUAAUUAAUAAACAUGAUGAAUGCAACUGAAAACAGCAGCGAGCACCG